AUGGCAAUAGGAAAGCAGCGGGAUUUCAUAAGUGAAGGUGGGGAGGUGGAGGAGCUUGGGAGCCUACAGUCGUCCAGGAUAUCUCAAAGUGAAGACAGCAGUGCCGAAAUUGCGGAACGACCCUCGAAGCGUCGGCGUCUAUCAGAUUCCGAAUCUCCUGAGUCCGAUUCAUUUGUGCGUCAACGACCAUUUCAGACCUUGUCGCGCAUAAAGAAGAAAUCCGAUUCUUCAAGUGCUCAACAGAAUGGCCACAUUCUCGAGCAACCAGACCCUGUCACGGCGAAGGACGCAUUAGCUCUAGGCCUGCGGUCUACGGAGUCCUCCUUCGCUUCCGUAGGCCUUGCACCAUGGCUGGUGAGCUCGCUAUCCGCAAUGGCUAUUAGGCGGCCGACAGCGAUUCAGAGAGAGUGUAUUCCGGAAAUUAUCAAAGGAAGGGAUUGUAUUGGUGGGAGUAGAACGGGUUCAGGAAAGACGGUUGCAUUCGCGGCACCAAUAUUGCAUCGGUGGAGUGAAGAUCCAUUUGGAAUAUUUGCGAUUGUAUUGACGCCAACGAGGGAGCUGGCACUCCAGAUAUUCGAACAGUUCAAGGCCAUUUCUGCCCCCCAAUCUCUUAAACCCGUCCUUAUUACUGGGGGUAGUGAGAUGCGCCCCCAAGCUAUUGCUCUGUCUACUAGGCCGCAUGUCGUGAUCGCUACACCAGGCCGACUUGCGGAUCAUAUAAAUACGUCCGGAAAAGAUACAACAUGUGGACUUUCCCGCGUACGUAUGGUCGUUCUCGAUGAAGCAGAUAGAUUAUUAGCCAGUGGCCCAGGGAGCAUGUUACCCGAUGUGGAGACAUGUCUUUCAGCACUUCCGCCCUCAACGUCACGGCAAACGCUACUUUUUACAGCUACUGUAACGCCUGAAGUUCGUGCCCUGACGAAAAUGCCACGACCUAAAGGCCACCCGCCCAUCUUUGUCACCGAGAUCUCAACAGAAAGCAAUUCCACAGUUCCACCUACCUUAAAACAAUCCUACCUCCAGGUCCCGAUGACACAUCGCGAAGCAUUUUUACACGUACUGUUAUCUACUGAGGGAAAUGCCUCAAAACCUGCAAUAAUAUUCUGCAACCGAACUAAAACUGCAGAUCUACUAGAUCGCUUAUUACGCCGGUUAGGUCAUCGCGUAACUUCUUUACAUAGCUUACUACCGCAAUCUGAGCGAACAUCGAAUUUGGCUCGUUUUCGCGCUUCAGCUGCUCGGCUCUUGGUUGCUACUGAUGUGGCUGCCCGUGGAUUAGACAUUCCAUCUGUUAGUCUUGUUGUGAACUUCGAUGUUCCUCGAAACCCUGAUGACUAUAUUCACAGAGUUGGUCGUACGGCUAGAGCGGGUCGAGAAGGUGAGGCUGUAACUCUUGUUGGACAAAGAGAUGUCCAAUUAGUCCUUGCUACUGAGGCAAGGGUUGGAAGAGAGCUGGCGCCCUGGGAGGAAGAAGGAGUCAGUAUCGAGUCAAGAGUUGUGAAAGGGGGAAUUUUGAGGGAAGUAAGCGGUGCGAAGCGUGAUGCCCUUGGCGAGAUUGAUGAAGGCAAAGAUGUACUUGGCCGGAGGGUGAAAAAGUUGAAGAAAGUCCGCUAA